UUGACACUUCUGGUAGAGAAAGUAUUGGUGGGAAAUGUGCUCACAGAUUAAAUAUAAAACUGCCACAAUCAUGGUUUUAAUGUAAACCUAACUGUGUAAAUCUGUACCAGAUUUUGCUCCAUCCAUUUCCUAACAACUCCAGCUUCCUUGUCCCACUGAAGAAGAUGAACCUGACACCGUGAUGCCAGCACUGCAGUAUUUUACAUCUGUCUGCACCGCCAGAGCUGAUGCAUACAAACGAUGCAUUCCCCCGAGGAGUUCUGCAGCUGUCUGAAAUUAUAAUCAGGCCUCAGCUCAAACUACAUUUUCAAUGUUAUUCUUGCAGAACAUUUCGCUCUCAGAUCGGCUCCUUGUCUGCUGAGAUGGCCGUGCGCACGCGGAUUUGCAUACUCCAUAGCCAUUGGCUGAGUGGAAAUUGCGCUUCAACAGGCUGCCUCGCUGUGAUUGGAAGGGGAUAGGAGCUCUGGAAAGCGGGGAUAAAUAGGAAAGUGUGAGAAGCCGCAUUCUUAAUGAGUAACUUAGAGGCAACUGAUGGGAGAAGUCAGAAAUCAGCAGGCAAAAUAAAAAUAGACAGGUGUGAUUGCAAAAGCGGGGUUUUAAAGAAUUUCAAGUGGGGGGAAAGGCGUUGCAAUUUGUAGUUGUACAGAUAAGUGAAAAGGAGCAAACUUGGACUUUUCUGCAACAAGCUGACCCAAAAAGGCGCAAACAUGUCUCUGGAGGUGAAGGAGAAGACUCAAGUGCGGGUUGUCUUUCUGGGGGCUGCAGGGGUAGGCAAGACGGCUCUGAUCAGACGCUUCCUCCAGGACACCUUCGAGCCGAAACACAGGCGCACCGUGGAGGAGCUGCACAGCAAGGAGUACGACAUCGAAGGGGUCAAAGUCACCGUGGAGAUCCUGGACACCAGCGGCAGCUACUCCUUCCCCGCCAUGCGCAAGCUCUCCAUCCAAAACAGCGACGCCUUCGCCCUGGUGUACGCUGUGAAUGACCCCGAGUCCCUGGAGGCCGUCAAAACUCUCCGUGACGAGAUCCUGGAGAUCAAGGAGGACAAGUACACGCCGAUCGUGGUGGUGGGGAACAAGGCGGACAGGGAGGAGGAGCGCCAGGUGUCCGCCGACGACGUGCUGGCUACCGUGGAGAUGGACUGGAACAACAGCUACCUGGAGGCGUCCGCCAAGGAGAACUCCAACGUGGUGGAGGUGUUCAAGGAGCUCCUGCAGCAGGUGAACCUCCCCAGCCGCCUGAGCCCGGCGCUCCGCAGGCGCAGGGAGACUUUCCCCAAGGGCACCGACUUUCGGCCACCGAUGAACAAAACCAACAGCUGCAUCCUGUCAUAAUGAGACGGGCAGAGAUUCUGAUCCACAAGGAGACAACCUGGAGAAAGCCCAAUUAAGUUCUGCUGGACAGAGAGAGAGAAAAAGGAUAAACUCUGGAGACUUAAGUCAUACGAACAUCCAACAGUAACCCUGGACAAAGAGACGCUUUGACUUAUACCCGAGAGGAGAUGUUAAACUAACUCCAUUUGUUGGCUGCUUGUUAGUGACCUGCUGGUAUUUAGCUCAAUUUAUGGGAUUCACAUGUCGAAUAAUGAUGAUAAAAUAUCCAGGCUGCAGCCCGUAGACUGUUUGGCAGAGUGUUUUAAACGGUGUCUGUUAUAUGUUGUGCAUAAGCAUCUGUUUUGUGUAAAUACGUUUUUGUAAUUAAGCAACUGACAUGUAGCACAUCGUGUUUACAAUUUUUAAAUUCAAAAUGUUGUUUUUCUAUUGAGAGUUAAGUGAGCCGUGGUAAAAUACUGUUAUUAACAUAAAUGCACUUUUCAAAUGUGUUUUUUUUUCUUAAAGGUACCAUCACAAAUGUUCAUUGUUAAUAAUUAUUAAUGUUGUAGCCAUUUAUUUACAAAUGUACUGUACAUAAAUGUGGAAUAAAAACUUGCUGGAUUACUUGU